AUGGCUUCAUCCAGACUCUCUCCACAACGAAAGAUUUGCAUCCAGCAACAAUGGAAGAGUCCUCGAUAUACCAAUGACAAUCCUGGUGACACUCAAUGCAACGAUGCGGCCACCGCGGAAUACGUUGUGCGAGCUUUUCAAUUGGGCCAUGCCUGAGAGGCACGGCGUCACUUCAAUAUCCCGGCUAUUAUGGGGAAUUUGCAGCUGUGAUUGCGGACAAUCCUUCAUUCUUUCGUUCCCCGGGUCUUCAAGCGAGACCUGACCAGAUCGCGCUGUGAUACUUACCAUGCUUUACGCCGAAGAGAAUAAACUCGUCUUUCGAUUCGAUGAUCAUGUUCUCUGGAUAGAACCGUGGAGCGAGAAUGCCUUCCGUAUCAGGGCCACGAAGCUUGCAUCCAUGCCUACUGAAGACUGGGCACUGUCUUUAGAGGUCCAGUCCCCGAGAGCGACCAUUACAAUCUCGGAGACGGAGGAAGCAAGCAUCGUCAAUGGUAAGAUCAGAGCAACUGUCUCCAAACGCGGCAAGAUAACCAUCUUCGACCACAAGGGCAACAAACUUCUCGAGGAGUAUGCCCGUCAUCGCCGGGAUCCAAAGGACCCGAAAUGCAGUGCCUUGGAGAUUGAGGCGCGAGAGCUACGGCCCAUUUUAGGGGGCGAUUUCCACCUCACAAUGCGGCUCGAGUCGCUAGACCCUCGAGAAAAGAUAUUCGGCAUGGGUCAGUACCAGCAGCCGUCACUCAAUCUCAAAGGCUCGGACCUCGAAUUGGCCCACCGCAACUCUCAAGCCAGCGUACCUUUUGCGCUUUCCUCGCUCGGAUACGGAUUCUUGUGGAAUAACCCUGGUAUCGGGCGAGCCGUGCUGGGCACCAACAUAAUGAGCUUUGAAGCGUACUCCACGAAAGCGCUCGACUACUGGGUUAUUGCGGGUGAUAGUCCCGCGGAAAUCGAAGAGGCUUACAGUGGGGUGACGGGCUGUGUCCCGAUGAUGCCGGAAUACGGACUCGGGUUCUGGCAAUGCAAGCUACGAUACUGGAACCAGGAACAAAUCUUGAAUGUGGCGCGCGAGUAUAAACGCCGACAGGUCCCACUGGACCUCAUUGUAGUGGACUUCUUCCACUGGCCACACCAGGGAGAAUGGAAAUUUGACCCCAAGUUCUGGCCUGAUCCAGACACAAUGAUCAAGGAGCUCAAGGAUAUGAAUGUGGAAGUCAUGGUCUCCAUCUGGCCGACAGUCGAGACUGCAUCCGAGAAUUAUCCCGAGAUGCUCGAACACGGUCUUCUCAUCCGCCAUGACCGCGGGUUGCGGGUCGCCAUGCAAUGCGAUGCUGACAUCACGCACUUUGACGCGACGAACCCCGCGGCUCGCGCUUUCGUCUGGAACAAGGCCAAGCAGCACUACUACGACAAGGGUAUCAAGGUCUUCUGGCUCGACGAGGCGGAACCCGAGUACGGCAUUUACGACUUUGACAUCUAUCGCUACCACGCGGGCAGCAAUCUGCAGAUUGGAAACAUCUUUCCUAAGGAAUACGCGCGGGGCUUCUACGAGGGCAUGCAGGCCCAGGGGCAGACAAACAUCGUCAACCUCCUCCGCUGCGCCUGGGCCGGCAGCCAGAAGUACGGCGCCCUGGUCUGGAGCGGGGACAUCGCCUCGUCGUGGCCCACCUUCCGCAACCAGCUGGCGGCGGGCCUGAACAUGGGCCUUGCAGGAAUUCCCUGGUGGACGACCGACAUCGGGGGCUUCCACGGCGGCAACCCCGACGAUCCGGCGUUCCGAGAGCUCUUCACCAGGUGGUUCCAGUGGGGGGCGUUCUGUCCGGUGAUGCGGCUGCACGGCGACCGCGAACCCAAGCCGGAGGGCCAGCCCACCGCAUCCGGCGCCGAUAAUGAGAUCUGGUCGUACGGGGAGGAGGUCUACAAGAUUUGCCGGAAGUACAUCAACAUUCGCGAGGAGCUGCGGGACUACACCCGGAGCUUGAUGAAGGAAGCGCACGAGAAGGGGACCCCAGUGAUGCGGACCCUGUUCUAUGAGUUCCCCGACGACUCCCGCGCUUGGGAAUGCGAGACGCAGUACCUUUUCGGCUCAAAGUAUCUGGUGGUGCCCGUGCUGCAGCCCGAACAGAGGACGAUCACGGCCUAUCUACCGGCUGGAGCGUCGUGGAAGCUGUGGGAUGAGAAGCGCGAUCAGGUCUACCAAGGAGGACGCGACGUCGAGGUGGCUUGUCCCAUUGAGACAAUGCCCGUUUUUAUUCGAGUAUAGGCGGCGCCCAAGCUUGACUGGGGUAGAAUCGCCAGAGACUCUGGCUGUAUAUGCAGCUUCAGACGAUGAGCCAGAACGCUGGGUGUCCCCGAAUUAGAUAUAGUAUGCAACACAGUCAUCCAAUAGACAUCGGACUUGGUAUCUUCCAGGGAAAAGAAAAGGACUUUUGGUAAGUCUCUAGCAUCAAUUCUAGAAAGCUCGUUAUGGCGAAAGACUGAAGUGGCGUGGCGUGACCGCGAUUAUCGGUUGUGAUGGGGAAUUAGAAGUUGC